CAAUUACAUAUUUCAUAUACUUUCUCAAGUAGUCGGUACAAAAAUAAUCGAUAUUUUUGCAACUCUAUUGUCAGUUCCUUUCCUAAUAAUUUUUUUGUCUGCUAAGACGUGUUUUAAUACUUUUUAAGUGUUUUAACAGAUAAAUAACCAUGUCUACCGCCACCAUUCGUACCCGGAAAUUCAUGACCAACCGCUUGUUGGCCAGAAAACAAAUGGUCUGCGACGUCAUCCAUCCCGGCUUGGCCUCCGUCAGCAAGACUGAAAUCCGCGAAAAACUCGCCGCCAUGUACAAAGUUACCCCCGAUGUAUGCUUCGUCUUCGGUUUCCGUACCUGCUUCGGUGGUGGUCGCUCCACUGGUUUCGCCUUGAUCUACGAUACCUUGGACUUCGCCAAGAAAUUCGAACCCAAAUACCGUUUGGUUCGUCAUGGUCUUAUGGAAAUCAAGAAACAGACCCGCAAGCAACGCAAGGAACGUCGCAACAGAAUGAAGAAGGUCCGUGGUACCGCCAAGGCCAAGAUCGGUCAAGCCGCCAAGAAGUAAACUAUGAAUGCA